AUGUGCAAAACCACCCGUGUGCGACAUUACCCGGAAGAAGUGCUCCACACGUCGAAUCUUCGAAAAACGAGGCAGAUUUGUCGCACGUUGAGGUGUCUGUGUCCAGCAGCGGAAUUGGACGUGGUCCUCACGACGCUUCAGGAGUGUGUGUGUCACUCGACGACAACGCUAGACUCACCUAUUGUGCCGAGUGCCAUUUUGGUACUCAUUGAUGGGACACUUCGGUCUGAGUGCUUCCUGGAAAUGUUGCUGGACGCGGACGGUGGAGAGCCCUUCAAAUACGGCACGGUGGACCUACCGGAUGGCACUUAUUUCCUGGAGCCGUUGAACGCGUCGUCGACCUCGUUCUUCACGCUUCCGGAUAGUCAACCGCAUCUUUUGUACAAAGAACCGCCGCAUACAUUCCACAAGAGCCAGUGGUCACCUUCCGGGCCUUCAAGUGAGUGCUUUUUGUCACCGUUGGUAGGACGGACGAGAGCCAGACAUGGUGUCGGUGGUUGCGUUUCCGCUGCUGCUCUCCGCCGUGCACCGCUGCUUCUGGCUUCUGGUCACUGUCUUGUUUCGCGGCUUCUCUACCGCUGCAUUUACACGUGUGUUAGUGAGAACCGAACACUGUGUACUGCUCAGCAAUUCGUAGCUGUGGCUUGUGGCCGUGUUCUUCGCUCGCUGGCCAUGCUCGAAUGA